UUUGGCAAAUGAUAACACUCCCAAUGAGAAAAAAUUUCUGGGUUUAACUCCUCACAAAGUGAAAAACCCAAUCUCCCUAGAUCAAAUUAAAAUACGUCUUAAUAAGGAAUAUGGCGAGUAUAUAAAAAAAUAUAAUAGACUUCUAUAUAUUGCUGAAUUUGAAAUUAGUAGAUAUCAGGAAUAUAUUAUUCUAUACGAUUGGAUAGGUAGAAAGAAAAACCAAUUACGGAAUAGAUUUCAAGAGCGUCUUUUAAAACUUAAAACAUAA